UCACUUUCUAGGGUUUGCGUUACAGUUGAUGCGAUAUGGUGGACGCCUAACAGAAAUGAAAACGGUGUGGAAAUAUGUUGUGGCCUGCACACCGGUGUAGAUGGAAGGGGAUAGAAAGUUCCUAACGAUCUCGCACUCAACUGGCUUCUUGACACGCGACAUUCUGACGUUUCCUUUCAAAAAAUCGGAAGCUCCCAACGGACCUUUCUCGUCACUUGCUUACGAGCUAACCGUCUAACGUUAACUACUGAUAUUAUUAACGUUUCACCUGGAGCCUGUCUACCAAAUGAAGUGACGCGGAGGUGCAAACUAGCCACGGUGACAUAGUUUGCAAGAUGGGGAUGUCGUUGUCAUAUCCACUGGUGAAAGAGCCAGAAAGUUAUGUGGAUCCUGAUUUAAAUGAAGACUCCGACGAGAUGAAUUUUGCAAUGGAAAUGCAUGAGAUUAACCUGAGCUACACAUAUGACAUGAUCCAGCAGAGGAUCCGCUCUAUCAAAGAGACCGCCAAAUUUGACAAGUACAGCUACGACUGGAACACCAGCGUGUUGGAUCUGAAGAACCAGUUUCCCCACUGGACAGCUGAUGACCUGCUCAACCUGAGACGGCAGUUUGAGAUUUUUGACACCAACAAAGACCGCCUGCUGGACUUCAGCGAGUUUUGCGCUUCUCUGAACAUGGUCAAUGAUGCAUCAACUAUGGAGGCCAGGAAAGAAAUGUUUAAUACAGCGGACAAGGACAACUACAAGUCCAUCAACUUCGAGGAGUACCUCCAGCUGAUGUAUGACCUUAAGCAGGGCACGCCGGUCCCCAAGCCCCUCGAGAGCGAGGACGACGAGGACACGGCCACCGGUGACAUAAUCUGUGAAGUGGCACGCAUGGACACCUUCCAGCAGAUGUGCUACGGCGUCUUCUGAACACAAAUACACACACCUGAUAACAUGACGGAUUUGUUGUGCCUUAACUGGAAUUGAGAAAAGGACAUUGUAUAAAUUGGCUUUAUAUAAUUCAAAAUGAUUAAAUAUACAGUUAUUUUCCCAA